AUGGAGCGACUGAAGUUGGUCUUGCAGUACUUCCAGUCUAACUCUGAGUCCAUCUCUAAUGGGAUCUGUAUCAUCCUCGCACUGGUUAGUGUAAAGCUCUACACCAGCUUCGACUUUAACUGCCCGUGCCUCCCUCAGUACAACAAGCUGUACUCUCUGGGGGUGAUGAUUGUACCCCCCAUCAUACUGUUCUUCUUGGGGGUCCUCGUCAAUCGACAUACGGGUGUCAUGAUGGACGAGUGGAUGAGGCCGGUCGGGAACAGAUCCAAAAACCCUGCAGUGGUCAAAUAUUUGGUUUCUGCCAUGAUCCAGAGGGCCCUGCUGGCACCGAUGGUGUGGAUCCUGGUCACCUUGUUGGAUGGAAAAAUCUUUAUAUGUGCUUUCAGUCUGAGUGUAGACCCUGCACUUUUCUCAGGUGCGCCCAAUAACACGGGUCUGGAUAUGAUUAAAAUCAUGGCCAAAGUGCCCUGCAAGGAGGACGUUAUUUUCAGGAACAGCUCAUUCCGUAAAGCAGUUUCUCGCUACGUUCGUUGCUAUUCUCAGGCAGUAGGAUGGUCCACCCUCCUGUUCCUGAUCAUUCUGGGAGCAAUGGGACGCCUCAUCAAGCCCUGCUUUGAUGACCAUGCCAGCUUUCUGCAGACACGCUACUGGAGCAACUACCUGGAUGUGGAGCAGAAGCUUUUUGACGAAACCUGCGUCCUGCACGCUCGCGACUUCGCCAGAAAAUGUGUGGUGCAGUUUUUUGAGGACAUGAGGGAAGACACCAUACUUCGUCUCCAACAUCCACCUUUUAUUUUCAACAGCAAAGAGGGGUGGGAGGAAGAAGAGGACAGACUUCAUGGGAUAACAAAGCAGGACCAAAUGAACCAGCUGCUCAAAAAGUGGUACUACAGUAAACCUGAGCUGGAUGUAACAAGGAUUGCUCACAGACCAAAGCCAUGUGUUACCUGGGAGGACCUUGAAGGGGAGAUUUUAUACUCUGAUGUAUAG